AUGGUUUUUAUACCAUCAGUUAAUGGAUUUAGGAAAGCACAGGAAUACUAUCAGAAGCUGGAGAAGAAGCAGGUAGAUGAAGAGUUACUUGGACAAAGGAACAGGUUUGAGUCUCUCAAGCUGGUGACACCUUACAUUCAGAAGGCAGAGGCUUAUGAGUCAGUGGUUCGAAUUGAGGGUUCCCUGGGCCAGGUAGCUGUAUCAACAUGUUUUAGCCCUCGCCGAGCUAUUGAUGCUGUAUCUCACGGAACUCAAGAGCAGGAUACAGGAGCUGCAAGCAGUCAGAGGCUUCGAGUAUUAUCCCGGAUUGAGAAGAUGUUCCUUCAGUUACUAGAGAUAGAGGAGGACCAGAAGGAUGAGAUUCCACAGCCCUUCUACUCUGGGCAAAAGAGCAACCAGGUCGAGAAGCUCUUCCAGGCCUUAAAGACUCAGGAGCAGAACAACUUGGAGGAGGCAGCAGAUAGCUUCCUGCAAGUGCUCUCUGUGAGGAAGGGGAAAACCUUGGUGGCCCGGCUGCUCCCCUUCCUGCCCCAUGAUCGGGCUGUUAGCCUUCUUCUGGCUAUCACUCAACAUCUGCCCCUUCUUGUCCGUAGGGACAUGGCUGACCAGGCCCUACACAUGCUAUUCAAGCCUCUGGGUAAAUGUAUCAGUCAGCUGACAUUCCGUGAACUCCUCCAAGGACUUCAGGGGCUACUGGUACUACCGCCUGGCUCCUCAGAACGACCAGUUGCUGUGAUACUUCAGAACCAGUUUGGAAUAUCUUUGCUGUAUGCCCUGUUGAGUCAUGGAGAGCAGCUUCUAGCCCUGGAUUCUUCCCUGGAGAAACCUAAUAGUGAUCACACAGCUUGGACAGACUUGGUAGUUCUGAUUGCCUGGGAGAUAGCCCGAAUGCCUGCAGCCUCUCUGGCAGAACCCCUAGCCUUCCCCAGGAACCUACUUCCACUGUUCUGUCACCAUGUGGAUAAACAAUUGGUACAGCAACUGGAGGCCAGGAUGGAGCUUGCCUGGAUUUAUUGAUGUUUGUUCUGGAAUACUAAUGUGAGAAGUUUAAUAAUCAGACACUAAGCUAUAUUUGAGCUGUCUACAGGGAUCCAGAGAGUCUGAAGACAUCUCUUAGUCCUUGAAAGGACCCUGCCCCCAAAUCUUUUCAUAUCCUUUCCUAAAAUCGAAAUGAUGUGCCUAAAAAAUAAGGCAUGGUUUAAAGAGGUA